AUGGGUACACUAUUCGAUUCAAAUGAGUAUAGACUAGAGGACUCGUUUCAAAGGGGAGCAAUAAGACUGAACAGUUCAGAUGUUGUCACCUAUUCGGAUGAGCUUGGAAGUGACGAUGAUGACGACGCCGACGACGAUGAUGAUGAUAAUGAUGAUGAUGAUGAUGAUGUUCAAAAUGCUGUAGUACGGAAACGAAGACUGAAUCUUGAACAUGAGAUAUUGCUUAACCAAUCGUAUGUGCGAGAUUCUCUUUUGAACUAUGCCAAAUUGACCAUAAUAGGCAUAAAGGGACCCAAUUAUCAGUUCAACGCUCAAAACAUGAUGCAUAUCUUGUAUCCUAAAUUCAUAUAUAAUAUGGAUAGUGAUGAUGAUUGGCUUAAACAAGUGACUGUUAUUAACAAGCUAUUCAGUUUCCAUAGUGAUGAGACUAUUCAGGUGACCAAGCUCUUUAAGAGUUUAAUAUCCCAAUUUGAAAUCAGUAAUCAUCUAACGUUUGUUAAAAACUAUUACCCCAAUAAUUAUCUUGAACUUUUGGUCAGUCCAUUCAUUAAGGAAGUGACUUUUGAACUUAUCUAUGAUGAAAAUUACAUUCCGUUGAUCAAAACUCCCAGUUUUGAGACAGUAGAUGCCAAGUUGAAGCUUCAACUCAAAUUGAUCGUUAUAUAUUUGAUUUUGGGUAUCUCAUCAUUCAAUAAGUACUUGAAAGAACACCGUAAGUCCAAUACUAAUGAGAUCCAACAAGAUUUAAGAACAAGCAUUGAAAUAAGGAAGAUCGCCAUUACCUUAAUUAAUUUGCAUCUUGAUGAAUAUGAUACUACCAGGUUUCCAGAUGAUGAUUAUGAAUAUGAGACCACCUUUUUAUUGGCCAUUUUAUUGAAUAUCCAAUUGGAUACUUAUUUCAGUAUCUUUGAGAACCUUGAGCUUUUGUUUGCUAUUGGAAGUCAUAUAGUUAAUAAGAAGCUUUCUAAUGGCUCUAGCCCAUUGGGAAUCUUCUUAUCGACACUCUUUAGAAUCGUCAAAGUAUUUUUUGAAAGCACUCACUCUAUUGAUGUGCACAACUAUUCAAUCGAAGGAAGAUACAAAGAUAAAGGCGAUCCAAGUGAUGAUGAUGAUGAUGAAGAAGAAGAAGUUUCUAUUAAAGAUAGUUCCAUUAAAAUAUCAAAGUCAAAGUCUACUAUUUCAUAUGAUGAUGUUUCGAAUGAAACGCAAUGGUAUACCAAAGAACCUAAUUUCAAUAAAGAUAACAUCGACCCAGAACUUGUCUAUUUGAUGUACGGGAUUCCCAAAUCUCUAAUUGAUAUGUUUGUUGAAGUUGUUCUGCUUGCUAAUGACAGGAAGAUAUUUCUUAGUAAUAUGAAACUACAGAAGCCACCUCCAGGAUUUUAUAGCAAGUGUGGAAAACUUGAAAGGCAGAUCUUCAAUUGGGGACAUCCUUCAAUACCGUCCAAUGCUACAUUUAAACAAUUGAAAACUCAUUAUAACGUGAUGCUGUUUUAUAAUGCAAUGAUAGCAUUUUAUCUUAAGAUUGUCAAGAGAGCUCAAUGGUAUAUUUAUAAGGAAAACGUACGGGAACUGUACAGAUAUUUUACCAAGUUGAUUGAAAUAGAAGAUCCCAAUGUUAAACCAAUUUUUUGGGCAUUAUUAAUUGCUGGCAGUGAAUUGCCUGAUAAGAAGAAGGAGAUUAUAGAAUAUUGGAAACGCAGUCAAAAGAGUAAUUAUUGGAGAGCUAGACAAAUCUCUUAUGAAGUAUGGGGUGCUAGAGAAGAGGGAGAUGAAUCUGUUGAUUGGAUGGAUAAAGUUAGAGAAUGGGAUGUUGUAUUGUGUUUGGUGUAG